AUGAGAGAAAUAGUUUCUAUACACAUUGGACAGGCUGGCGUACAAAUAGGAAAUGCAUGCUGGGAGUUAUACUGCAAAGAGCACGGCAUACAGCCUGAUGGUCGGCCUGAUGAGAACUUCGGGCGCAAUGAUUCGUGCCUCUCCUUCUUCAGUGAGUCGUGUGAGAAUACAUACGUGCCGCGCACCGUAAUGAUUGAUUUGGAACCAGGGGUCAUCGAGAGUGUGAAAAAAGGGCCGUUCAAGAAGUUGUUCCACCCCGAGCAGCUCAUACACGGAAAAGAGGAUGCUGCGAACAACUAUGCGCGGGGCCAUUACACGGUCGGAAAGGAGAUACUUGAUGAGUCAUUGGAUAGAAUAAGGAAGCUAACUGAAAAUUGUGAGGGAUUGCAGGGGUUCCUCAUCUUUCAUUCGUUUGGUGGUGGCACGGGCUCAGGUUUUGGCGCACUACUCAUGGACAAACUGACUAGUGUUUACGGUAAGAAAUCAAAAUUGGAGUUUUCUGUCUAUCCUGCGCCGAGGAUCUCUACCGCUGUUGUAGAGCCAUACAACUCCAUAUUAACAACACACACAACACUCGAUCACUCAGACUGCUCAUUCCUUGUAGAUAACGAGGCUAUUUACGAUAUGUGUCGCAAUUUGGGGAUAGAACAGCCGAAAUAUGCCGAUCUUAACCGCAUAAUCGCCCAGGUUGUGUCCUCGAUCACAGCGUCGUUGCGAUUCCCUGGCGAUCUGAAUGUGGACCUGACAGAGUUCCAGACAAAUCUCGUGCCCUAUCCGCGUAUACAUUUCCCUUUGGUCGCCUACUCUCCGAUGCUUUCACGGGAGAAGGCAUCUCAUGAGCAGCUCUCUGUACAGGAAAUCACCAGUGCAUGUUUUGAUUCAAAGAACCAAAUGGUGAAGUGCAAUCCACAGAAUGGUAAAUACAUGGCAUGCUGUCUUCUGUUCAGAGGUGACGUAAAUCCCAAGGAUGUUAACCAAGCAACCCUGAUUGCUAAGACGAAACGAGCAAGUCAAUUUGUUGAGUGGUGUCCCACCGGCUUUAAAAUCGGAAUGAACAAGCGUGAGCCCACAGUGCUGGAUGGCGGCGCCAUGGCGCCUGUUAAGAGGGCGGUGUGCAUGCUUUCCAAUACCACUGCAAUUGCUGAGGCCUGGGCACGGCUAAAUUCCAAGUUUGAUUUGAUGUUCGACAAACGUGCAUUUGUUCACUGGUAUGUUGGAGAAGGAAUGGAAGAAGGUGAGUUUACGGAGGCACGUGACGAUCUGCGUGUUCUUGAACAGGAUUAUGCCAUGGUUGCACAGGAUUAAAGUAUUAAUUUCCUUUUAGUUA